ACAAUCGCCCUGGACCUUUUGUAGCUUGACCUCCAGCCAUCUUUGAUUUCCGACUUCCUAAAAUAACUCCGGUGAGCUAAUGCGGGGUGUGCGGGAGCGCUUUGUAUUUGGGUGGUGCGGGUGAUUUCGCUCCCGCAAAUCACUCUGCCUCCUUUUCGGUGAGCUCGCAGCCCUUUGCCUUGCGAAGGGAAGAGGAAAGGAUAUAUUUAAACUUAUAUUAGUCCAGAGCCCUGGGUGGGCGUGCAGGGAAGGGGCUGUUUGCCGGCGGUCACCCACGGGAGAGAGGAAGGCUCGGGGCUGUCUCCGUGCCCGGCUUCCCCCGGCGGUGUCGCAUCUCCCCGCGGGGCUCCGCUCCGCUGCGGGCUCUCCCCGCUCUCCGUACCCCGAGUCGGGCAGUGCGGCGGAGCGGGGGCAGCUCCCCGGGGAGGCGGCAGCCGCGGGGCCCGUCCCGCUGUGGGGUGGGACGGUGCGGGGAGAGCUGCCAGAGCGACCCCGGCCGCUUCCUUAAGAGUUGUGGGUGUUGUGGUCAAGCACUUCUGUAGGUCAGCUCUACAGCUUUGGGGGGUUCUUUGCCUUCCCAAGGGGCUGCUUUUCUGGGGAGGGGGGACGGAGGAUUCCAGUCCUGGAAUUGAUCAAUACCAAUGCACGUUACGGGAGCUGUUGAUUCCCAAACCGCAGGAGGUUCGGGCUCUUAAUUUUUUUUUCCUCCUCCCCCUUCUCUCUUCUUUGAUUCGAAAUGUGCAAUUGUUGGGUCCGGUUAAUGGUGACUUAAGAUUCGGCAAGCUGGCCAGAAGGCAAUAAAUCCCAUGUUUAAUGCAUGACUGUUUUCCUUUGUGCAUAUGGUUAGGUUGGGGGAUGGAGGUGAUGUUUCCACAUGUAAAUCUCUGCCCGCUGCUGGAAAGCCACCUCCGGGGCUGCGCUGAAACAAAAGGGUUAAUAACUCCUGAUGCGGCCCAUCGGGGCGGGGGAGGUGUGCUGCGAGGGGAGGAUCGCUCCACACCGCGCACUUGGGGCAAUGGGCAGCUGCUUUUGUGUUGGUCGACUUUUUUUUUUCUUUUUUUCCUCCCCCUCCUUUUAACAUAUCUUUUAACAUAUCCCUCCGUGAAACCCUCCGCCUCCCCACGGGAGCCGGAGCAGCACGGGCCAGGGGGGACCUGCCGAAGUUCUCACCCUUCCGGGGGGGGUUCUGCUGCCGCCGGGAUGGGGCCGGGGCCUCCUUUGUGGGUCGCGACGGCCGCUGGGAGCGGAGUGGGGGCACCGGAGCGCCGCAGGGACGGAGCCGGGAUGGAGCUGCCGGGCGCCGCCCCGCGGCCGCGCUCUGCCGGGACCCCUCGGGGCGGCCCUCGGUCAGGACACGUCCCGGCGGCGCGGCCCCGACCUCUGCGGGAGCUUCGUGCCUUCUGAAAUUAAAACACGUGGGUUCCGAGUGUCUGAUCUCCGAAGCGGUUCCCGUAUUUCCCGCUCCAGGUGUGUCCGAGUGCUGAGGGUGCAUAACAAAGUGGAAAUACGGCAGGGAUUUGGCUGGGACGUUAUCGAGAGUAUAUACGUGAUCGAAAUAAUAAAAUCAAGCCCUUAUCUCCUAGUUUGCAAGUGCCCUUUUUCUCGUGUUGUUUCCCGAAGCGAUGCGGACCCACCUCUGCGAACAAUGCGGCGCGUUAAGCUGCGGCGCGGCCAACGCGGUGAUCAAUUAACAGGUCAAAAAAUCAGCAGGUGGGCACCGGGGGAUCACGCGACAGAGCGAAAUUAGCAUUUCCACAGAGGGGAUGAAAAUGCCCAUCGUGCCCCAUAGCCGCCACUAAAAAAUAUAUUAAAAAAACAUCUGAUUUAUUCUUAAAAAUACAGUAUCAAACUGCAGCUGUUGUCGAGGUGGCGCUGGAUUUCAUUUCUUCAGUGCCCCGCUCCGUGCGUGGAGUUGUGCCGAUGCUGGCGAGGUGUUCGACGAGGAAAGUGACGGGUUUGGUAUCGGUGGGUUUUAUUAUUAUCAUUAUUAGUUUGGGUUCGUCCGAAAUGGGCGCAGAGCGUUGGGGGGGUGUUGGGAGCCGCGGGGCUGCGCGGCUGGAGGGGCCCUGGGCUGGGCGAUGCCCGCUUGUUUUUCCUUUUACGUAAGUGAAACAUUAUAUUGGUUGUAGUGAUGGAGCCCUUCGCUGGGCUCGGCGGCAUGUGACGUUUUGACAGAGCUGCUGCUCUAACCUUUGCCUCCUCCCGCUUGCUGUGGGUGGGAGUCCACGAGACGUCCCAGGUGAUGGAGAUGGCGAAAUGAGCUCCAAAAGGUGCCGAACGGAGGAAACCAAGAUCUGUGAGAAAUGCUGUGCAGAAUUCUUCGAUCUCUCUGAAUUCCUUGAGCAUAAGAAAAAUUGCACUAAAAAUCCACCUGUCCUAAUCAUGAAUGACAGUGAGGGAGCAGUCCCUCCUGAAGGCUUCUCCGAAGCUGCUGUUGGGAGCUUCUCGAGUGACCGAGGGGAUAGCAGGGCACACAAGGACACUCAGGCGAAGGGCUGCACCGGUUCUGCAGAGAAGAGAGAAGGAAAAAUUGAUGCCGAGUCGGUGGGAGGGAUGUACCUCAAGAUAGAACCCCCAGCUGCACCCGUGACUCCUGGGCUGAGCUAUCUACCAAAAUCCAAAGUACCGAACACUAACGUGACUUUGCAGACGAUACGUGGCACUAAAGUGGCUGUGAACCAGCGUACCACCGACGCCAUCGCUUCUUCAGCCGCCAGCUUUAAUGCUAUUCCCAUGAUCCUGGAGCAGCUCGUGUGCUUGCAGCAGCAGCAGCUCCAGCAGAUCCAGCUGACGGAGCAGAUCCGCAUCCAGAUCGCCAUGAUGGCCCCUCACGCCCUGCACCCCUCCAUAGCCGCUGCUGCUGACCCACUGAAGGCGCUGGGUGCUCACAUGUCCCAGCAGCUGUCAGCCGCUGUGGCGCUGAUCGGGCAGAAGGCGGGAAGCCAGAGCCUAUCGCUGGAAUCCUUGAAGCAAGGCAAACUACCUCAUGCUAACACUGGUGUUGCGGCCGCCGGCUCGCUGGCUGCCGGCCUCUCCUCCCCCUUCCCCCUGAAGCCAGAGGCCAGCAGAACCUUUGCCGGCUCCAUUUCUCGGUUCCCGAAUCCUUUGCUACCUCAGUCCUCCCACUCUGUCAUCUUCCAGAAUCCCCUUUCGGCUGUUUCUUCUGUCAUAGAUUCCUCAAAGAGGGUGAAAGGGAAACCUCCCAAUAUCUGUGUGUCCGAAAGCAAAUCGAGCGCAGAGGAGCCGUUCUUCAAACACAAGUGUAAAUUCUGCGGCAAGGUCUUUGGCAACGACAGCGCCCUGCAGAUCCACCUCCGCUCCCACACCGGAGAGAGGCCCUACAAGUGUAACAUUUGUGGUAACCGCUUUACAACCAAAGGAAACCUUAAAGUGCAUUUUCAGCGUCACAAAGACAAAUACCCCCACAUCAAGAUGAACCCUUACCCGGUUCCUGAGCACCUGGACAAUGUUCCCACAAGCAGUGGGAUCCCGUAUGGGAUGUCUGUGCCACUGGAUGAGUCUAACCUAAUCGUGGAUAGCAAACCCCUGCUGACAACCCUGCCUACCUCCGCAGCCUCCAGCGCUCCUCCGAACGCUCCCAGCCUUGCGGGCACCAAGGAGCCGGCCGCCUUCUCCACAGAGCUGCCCUCUCGGCCUUCUCCAGACAGCGAAGGCGGCUCUUCCUCAUCUGGGGCGGUCGGUCACGAAUCGGGAACGGAGCAGAGCUUGAGCUCCCCGCAAGCUGCCUGCAGCGGGGGCAUCUUCCACAUGGGCGGGUCGAAUGAGCAAGGUUCAGAAACAUCCAAGCUUCAGCAGCUGGUUGAGAACAUCGAUAAGUCCACUGCGGACCCCAACGAGUGCCUGAUCUGUCACAGAGUGCUGAGCUGCCAGAGCUCGCUCAAAAUGCAUUAUCGUACCCACACCGGGGAGAGGCCGUUCAAGUGUAAAAUCUGUGGCCGUGCCUUCUCCACCAAAGGGAAUCUUAAAACUCAUUAUGGUGUCCACCGGGCCAAUACUCCUCUGAAGAUGCAACACUCGUGUCCUAUCUGCCAGAAGAAGUUCACAAACGCAGUUGUGUUGCAGCAGCACAUCCGCAUGCAUAUGGGAGGACAGAUACCUAACACGCCCAUGCCGGAAAACACCUGUGACAGCGCCGAAGUGGAUCCUGCUGCAGCUGAGAAGAACGGUGACAUCAGCCGCCCAGAUGAGAGCAUGGAAAGCAUGGAGAUAGAGGAGGACCUGGAGUCUCAGGAUGGCCCCAGGAGCUCCUCGAAGCCUCCUACCCCAUUCGAUGCACAGUCAGAAUUGCCGGCCGCAGCCGCUGGCUUCUCUGGCAUUGCUGCACUGGAGAAUCAAAUGAAGAUUGUCAACUCUGCUCUAAACCUGCAGCGGCAAAGCAGCUUGAAGUCCAGUGACAACGGCUCUACAGAGAGCGAUGGCAUGACGAACGAUUCGUCUUCUGUGGCCGGAGAUCCAGAUUAUCAGAAUGGCCGCAGUCCUGCCGCCUCCGAGUCCACCUCGCUGCAGGCUCUAUCCCCUGCCAACAGCCAAACUGAGAGCGUGAGGUCAAAGUCACCGAGCUUCACCAGCCAAGAAGAUGUAGGCACGGGAAGUAAAUCAGAGGGUCCUGAGAGUGCUCCUGGAGAGAUGGAAGGGGUCGUUGCUUUGGAUUUAACUUAUGGCAACAUUGGUCGGAAAGUCAUUAAAGAAGAACCUGGGCUACACUUUGCAAAUGGAGAGUAUGGUCGAAAUAGUAUUCCAGCUGCUUUUGUUAGAGCCCCGCCAGCCCUCAUAAAAAUGGAAAUACCAAGUGAGCGUCCCAUUAGCACUAGCCAUUUCAUUGGCCCACCAGCUCUCUCCCCUGGUGUUGCCCCUCUCCUUGUGCCACGACCGAAGUUCUGCCGUCCAGCCAAACAGCACAUCUGCACUACGUGUGGGAAGAACUUCUCCUCUGCCAGUGCCCUGCAGAUUCACGAGCGGACCCAUACAGGGGAAAAGCCAUUUGCCUGCACCAUCUGUGGGAGAGCCUUUACAACGAAGGGGAACCUGAAGGUCCAUGUAGGAACUCACAUGUGGAAUAAUUCUGCCAGACGGGGAAGAAGGCUUUCAAUUGAUAACCCCAUGGCUCUACUGGGGAAUGACCCCAAGAAGGUAUCUGAAAUGUUUCCCAAGGAUAUCGUGGCUCCUUCAGUGAGCAUUGACCCCACAGUAUGGAAUCAGUACACAGCAGUGCUCAGCAAUGGCAUAGCAAUGAAGACCAACGAGAUCUCAGUGAUCCAAAGCGGCGGCUUACCGACCCUCCCAGUCACCGUUGCGGGUGGUUCGGCAAUAAACACUGCGACGGUUUCCAAAACGGAUGGGACCCAGUCUGGGGCUGGUUCUGAUACGGAAAAGGCCGGUGGUGCUGCUGCAGACAACGUGCCAAAACAUCAAUUCCCUCUCUUCAUGGAGGAGAACAAAAUUGCCGUUAGUUAAGAACUCGAGUGAAGAUGACGUACAGAAAGAACAAAUAUAUAUAUACAAACAUAUAUUUUUAAGAGAUUCCACUUCAGCCUCCUAUUUUCCUAUUGACGUGCAAAUGAUUUUAUGGUUGUCUUUGUAAGAUUUCGUUGCCCAGAGUACAAUCAUGGUAUUGCUUUGCAAAUAGUAAAUAAUAAAGAAUAGGAUUUCCUUUUAUUUGGAAAGAUGCGGGUCUUGCAAAGUAGUUCUUACGUGUGACUUUAAUGUGUACAGCCUUACAGAAGUUUCUACAACUUGAAAUUCCAAAGGUUUAGAUUAUUUACCUCUUCAUUUAGAGUGAAAUACUUGGGGGUUUUGAAUAGAGUGGAAACAGCCUACUGUUGGUGGAGGAGCUUGUAUUUACUGAUGAGAAAUGAAAGCUGUUAAUGCGGGUAAAUAUCCUGGAAUGUCUGCCACCCUCUUAGAAGUAGUUUUUCUGUUUGAAUUUUUGGCUCUGUGUGAUUUCUGAAUGUACUUUUUUACUAUAAUGGCGAUAAAAAUGACUUUUUUUUUAAUUCCUUUUUGCCUCAGAAGUUCUAUGAAAGGAAGUUGCUGUUUUUCUUCAAUCACUGCUUCUAAGGAAUUCUGUUUUGUUGACUGCUGCUUAUUUAAUACUACUACUAGAACAGUCCUCCAAGUGUAGUGCCAAAAUCCCUACUUCCAAAGAUGUGCAGUUUUUCCUAGAUGUUUUAUUUCAGUACCAAGAGCCCAAAACAAACGUGGGUGGGUAUGUAUAUACUUUUUUCUUUCUUGAAAGGGAAGACUUGCCUUGGGAAGUCAGGUCUAAAAGCUCUGCAAGGAAUCUCAGGUGACUGUUGCAAUUGGGCAUGGAAACUGCUUUCCUUAGCAAGAGACUUUGUUGGUUUUUGUUUUUUUAGUUUUAUUGUUUUUAAUUUGAGUAAUUUAGAAGAUCAGUCUGUGUAAACCUGUAUUUAAAUAUGAAGUAUUCAUGCUUAGGUUAAAUGUUUUUUGGGUUUUGGAUGGCAUUCCUACUCUGGUCAUUAAGUUUCUUGGUGGUCUGUGAAGUUACAUUCUGCCAAAAAGGUAAUUAAUGAUCCGUGCGUAUUGUAUGAAGGUUGCUGGGAUGGUCAUCUGGAUUCUAAGUUAUCUACCUCAUUUUUUUUUCUUUUUGUAGAUGUAGUGUCUAUUUUUCUAUUAAUGACCACUGUAAUAAACUGAGAUUCAAGCAGAUGCUUCCAUGCACUAUCUGAAACCAAAACCUGAUGUAUUAGUGGAAGCACCUGAAGACUUACUGGACUGACCUUUCACUAUUCCUCUGAUGUGUGCUGGAACUGUCGUGUAAUGGGAUCUAAAGCAGACUGGAAAUAGCGUUUGGUAAAGAAGGACUGAGUGAUGGGAAGAAGUCUUUGUGGACCGCAGGAAAUCAAGUCCAGUCUCUGUUGUGAAAGGCUCCAAAAGUACAGAUUACCAAAAGUUUGUGUAAUGUUGUUGCACCUGAUUCUUGCUUAUGAUCUCUGUAUGCCGAGUUGUGCCUUUCCUGCUGGACUUGUAAGUGAGAACAUACCAGUACCUGUUUACACUGUAAGAUGGAUAUUGUUACAUGGAACAUGCAAAAGGCAUCCCUGUUGUCAAGUUUUCUGCAUUGUGAAUGUAUGACUUUUAUGUAAGAACUGUAGUUUUUGAGUAUCUACUGACAAGUUUCUGUUGACAUUUUGAGAAUAAAUUUUGGGAUGGCUUUUUCACA